AUGUAUGCAUGUUUGGAGAAGCAAAAAUAUUCACUCGAUCAGUUCAGAGCGAUGACGAGAGUAAAAAGAAGACGAGGAGGAGACAGCUCGGAGACUCCUCCGGAUGUGGAGGUCGAGAUCCUGGCUAGAUUGCCUCCUGAAUGCUCUGAUGAGUUUCAAGUGCGUGUCAAAGAGCUGGAAUGCUCUUAUUCAUUCCCGAUAUUUUACCAACCUUUAUCGCACGAUGGCGUCGUCCCGACCGCAGCAACCUCGUCUGUACAUGAGUUUGCGGGACGAACAGGAGCGGUUACUGCUAUCAUUAUCACCAUCGUCGUCGUCUAG